ACACAGCUAAGAGCACCCCACUGGUCUGGCGUGGCAGAAGCUGCACCUUUCCCUGAGCAGCCUCCUGCACCUUUCCCUCCAGGGUUUCAGCUGCACCUGUGCCCCAAAGGAACCGCUUUAGGAACUAAAUGUUAGUAUUAUGACAGAUUCUGCCUGGAUGGCAAGUGACAAACCUGGAGCAACUCCAUAUUAUGUAAAGUAAGCUACAGUGGUGAGAUCCAGACAAAUGGAGACAUGCUGAGAUGGAAGUUUUUCACAGACACAAGCCACCAUCAGACAACACUGAUGUGAACAUUAAACAUCACUCCCCUCCCCUUCUGUUGUUCCACUCCUGCAAGCAGCAAGAGCCACAGGACAAAAGUGACCCUGCCUCAGCCUACUUACAGCUCCAUCUCUGAUGAAAGGAUGACACAGCUUGGCGAUUUUGUUCCGACAGAGAGAGACUUUCGUGAGGAAGAUCUCCCCGCGCUCGAUCAUGAUUUCUUUGCACUUGGAGUAGUCCUGCAAAGCACAGCGGUGGCCGUGGUGAGGCCGGUGGGUCUCCCCAGCAGGCAGCGUGGCCGGGCAGGGGCUGCCGCCCUUACCGAGUACUCCAGGGAGGUGAGGCUGAUGAAGCGCAGGAACAGCUCUCCGCCGGAGGAGACGGCCACCGAGGAGUCCACCCGAGACAGGGUGUCGAUGGCGGCCCGCAGACUGCUCCGCAGGCCCUGGAUGGUCUCUCCUGGGGAGAGGCAGAGCACACGGUCGGGGCCCGGCCGUGGGGGGCCGCGUCCCGCCGGGGGCUGCGGGGGGCCCGGGCUCACCUCGGUCCCGCUUGAGGAAGCCCAGCAGCGCGCGGAUGGCGGCCACGGCCGAGGCGACGUCGGGGUCAUCCCUGAGCUGCGCCCGGAAGAUGAUGAUCUGAGCUUGCUGGUGAUUGUCAUUGACACCAACCCCAUCUGGUGGGGAAAGAAGGCCGCUGGAGAAGCCGAGUUCACCCUGUCAAAAUGCAUCGAUGCAGCGAUGGUACUGGGAAAUUCACACUUGUUUAUGAGCCGCAGCAACAGACUUGCUGUGAUAGCGAGUCACACACAAGAAAGCCGGUUUUUGUACCCUGGGAAGUGCUGGGCUUUGGCAGAUGUUUUUGGAGAUGGUAGUUCUGCGGAGUCGAAUUGCGCCAGCAGCAAGGAUGGGAAAUACGAGUUGCUGACAGCCAUAAAUGAUGCGAUUGCAGAAGAGAUUAAAGACCUCAUGACAAAAACUGACAUGAAGGGCCAGCAGACAGAAACUCUGUUGGCAGGAUCACUUGCUAAAGCACUUUGUUAUAUCAACAAGAUGAGCAAAGAAGUGAAAGCCAAUCAAGAAAUGAAAUCAAGGAUUUUGGUCAUAAAAGCAGCAGAAGACAGCGCAUUGCAAUAUAUGAAUUUCAUGAAUGUGAUCUUUGCAGCACAGAAACAGAGUAUUUUGAUUGAUGCCUGUGUCUUGGAUUCAGAUUCUGGUCUUCUACAACAGGCUUGUGACAUUACAGGAGGCAUAUAUUUAAAAGUGCCUCACAUGUCAUCCCUUCUGCAGUAUUUGUUGUGGGUAUUUCUUCCUGAUCAAGAGCAAAGAUCACAGCUUGUUCUUCCACCUCCUAUUCACGUUGACUACAGAGCUGCGUGCUUCUGCCAUCGGAAUCUCAUUGAAAUCGGUUACGUGUGCUCUGUGUGCUUGUCAAUAUUCUGCAACUUCAGCCCUAUUUGUAGCACAUGCGAGACUGCUUUCAAAAUAUCAUUGCCACCUGUCAUGAAAGCAAAGAAGAAGAAAUUAAAGUUGUCUUCCUAACAUGAUGUAAAUACAUGAUUACCUCCCCCAGUAAUUCCAUGGAAUGGAACGUACUUGAGAAAUUGAUGGCACUUUUUACUGGAUACAAAAGAGAACUGUAUGCAGUGUUAUUGCUUGUUUCUUAAAGGAUAAAUGUUUAAAUCACAUAUCUUCUACACAGCCCUUUAAGUAACAAGUCACUGUCUUACCAUGUAACCUGUGCUAUUUUAAAUACCAAUUCUUAGUUGUGAGAAGCAGCAGAAGUUACAGCCUGUUGAGAAGCAUCUUGUGAAGUAGAAGCUAUUCUGGCCACUGCAACCUUUCACAGCCCCAAGUUAUUUUCAAAGACAAGAAUGUUCUGAAUUCUUUUUGUUGUUGUUGAUAAAUGACACAUUUCUAGUGUCUGGGAUCAGCACUGUAUUAUUCAGGGACAUCAAUUCCUUACUAGCUUUUGCUAGAAAUUUCUGGACUCAAACAACAUCAGUUUCAAAAUUAAAUGACUCACCAUUUUCAGAAUGGCUUAGAAGCCUCUUUUUUUUUUUUUAAAGAUGCUAAUUGCCCUGCAUGUGCACUCACAUGUAUUCAUAUGUCCUUCACCUGUACUGUCUUUAUGGUAUUUUUUUCUCAGUUGGAUCUCCAUUCAUGAGUAAAAAAGCUUCCCUUUAACUUCAAUAAAUGCAGACUAGCUGGUUAGUAUUCUAGGCUGUGUUUUGAGUUGGAAAACAAAAAGUAGUUUGCUAAGUGACAGCAAGCACGUGUUUUUAGUUUGUCAGUUGGUGUCUGGCAUUUGACAAGUAAGAAUGGAGGCUUUUCGCAUCAGAACAUAAAGGUAUGUGGUAUACUUCUGCACAUGACUUUCAUUUAAGCAAACAAACACCCUCUCCCUUUUAAAAAAUAACUAUUUCAGUGUUUAAACCUAUUGCCAGUAACUGACGUUCUCCUGAAAGGAAACGAAGAGUAAUUGUUUCCUAUGUAGAAAAAGACUGGGUUUUUUUCCCCCCAAGGCAUAUACAGGAUUUUCUGUCAUGUCUUGAUACUUGCACCAGGGUUUUGUCCAUGUAACAGCUACACUGCCAGUCUUUUACUGUCUUUUUUCAUUGCCAAAAGCCAUUUUGUUUGAAUGCUGUAUUUAUAAUCUAUUUUGUAUACAGUGUUUUCAAUAAAACCUGUUCUUUCUCAAA